GUUUGCUCUGAACAGAUUCUUUCAAUGACUGAAGGCAACCAGUGAUGGAAUGGGCCAACAGCAGUGCCUCAGAGGGCUUCAUUCUGAUAGGUGUAUCUGACCAUCCACAGCUGGAGAUGAGCUUUUUCAUAGCCAUCCUCUUCUCUUACUUGCUGACCCUAAUUGGGAACUCGACCAUCAUCUUGCUCUCCCGCCUAGAUGCCCGGCUCCACACACCCAUGUACUUCUUCCUCAGUAACCUCUCCUCCCUGGACCUUGCCUUUACUACUAGCUCAGUCCCCCAAAUGUUAACCAAUUUAUGGGGACCAGAAAAGACUAUUAGCUAUGGUGGCUGUGUGACACAACUCUAUGUAUUCCUUUGGUUAGGGGCUACUGAGUGCAUCCUGCUUGUGGUGAUGGCAUUUGACCGUUAUGUCGCAAUUUGCCGGCCCCUGCACUACAGGACCAUUAUGAAUCCUCGGCUCUGCUGGCUUCUGGCUGCUACUGCUUGGUUGGGUGGCUUGGGCAAUUCUGUGAUCCAGUCAACAUUCACUCUGCAGCUCCCAUUGUGUGGGCACCAAAGGGUGGACAGCUUCCUCUGUGAGGUGCCUGCCAUGAUCAAGCUUGCUUGUGGAGACACGAGUCUCAAUGAGGCUGUGCUUAGUGGUGUCUGUACCUUCUUCACUGCAGUCCCACUAAGUAUCAUCCUGCUCUCCUACUGCUAUAUUACUCAAGCAGUGCUGAAGAUCUGCUCUGCUGAGGGACGGCAAAAGGCAUUUAACACAUGCCUCUCCCAUCUGCUGGUAGUGUUCCUCUUCUAUGGCUCAGCUAUCUAUGGGUAUCUGCUUCCGGCUAAGAAAAGCAACCAGGACCAAGGCAAAUUCAUUUCCCUCUUCUACUCUGUGGUCACGCCCAUGGUGAAUCCUCUCAUUUACACUCUAAGGAACAAAGAAGUGAAAGGGGCACUAAGAAGGCUGCUGAGGAAAGGAAGAGAAGUUGGCUGAGAGGAAACAUCUUCAUUAUUCAUUGCCUUUUCAUC